AUGACGGACCACGGUAUGGAUUGGCUGCAGGGGAAGAUCCUGGCUUGGACUCACCCACCGCCCGUCAACAAGAUCGACACCCACCACCAUUUUGUGCCGUCGUUCUACCGGGAAGCCGUUGAGGCAGCAGGAGGCGACCCAAGCGGCUGGCCCACGCCCAGCUGGAGCCCACUCCGCUCCGAGCUCCUCAUGAAACGCCUAGGGAUCCGCACAGCGAUCCUCUCGACCACAGCCCCCGGGGCCUGCAUCCUUCAAGGCGAAGCCUCGUACAAGCUGGCGCGGCAGCUGAACGAGUACGCGGCAGACCUGCGUGACAAGCACCCAGACCGCUACGGGUUCUUCACCAACCUGCCCGACAUCCUUCUACACCCAGACGCCGCGCUCGCCGAACUUGCGUACGCCCUGGACAUCCUGCACGCCGACGGCGUCACCCUAUUCACGCGCUACGGCACCUCCGCCGCCACGCAAGCCUACCUGGGCCACCCAUCCCUCGAACCGAUUUGGGCGGAGCUGCACCGCCGCAAGUGCGUGGUCUUCGUGCACCCGACCCACCCGGCCGACACUACGCCGGUCAACGCCCACCUCCCGCAGCCCGUGGUCGACUACCCGCACGAGACCACCCGCACCGCCAUGGACAUGAUCCUGCGGGGCACUCGCCGCAAGUACCCGGAUUGCACGGUGAUCCUCUCGCACGCCGGCGGCACCCUCCCGUAUCUGAUCACCCGGCUAGCCACGCCCCUCCGCAAGGCGCCGGAUCUGGCCGCCGAGUAUGUCGUCGGCACGACCUAUGAGCAGGUCAUGGCGGAUUUCCGGAGCUUUCACUUCGAUCUGGCGCUGUCGGCGGCGCCGCAGGUCGUCGAGGUGUUGCGGCGGAUGGUGCCGGCGGAUCGGAUUCUCUAUGGGAGUGACUUCCCGUACGCCCCGUUGCCGGCGUAUCCGGCUUUCUUGGAGGAGCUGGAAGGGUGCGAGAUGACGGAGGAGAUGCGCGAGGGGAUUUAUUUUGGAAAUGCGCGGAAGUUGAUUCCCAGGUUGGCGGGGGAGGGGGGGCGGGAAGGGAAGAUCUGA